AUGAAACUCAAGAUGCCAGCUUAUGAAUAUAUUAAUCUUGACUCUGGCUGGUGUAGUGAAUGUGAUGAAUUCGGUCGUUGGACUGUACGUCAAGAUCUGUUCCCUCAUGGUUUACGUCCAGUAUCCGACUAUUUAAAAAAGAAUGGACAUAAACUAGGUGUUUAUAUCUUGCCUGGUAUUCGACAAGAUGCUGUCACUCAACAAAAACGCAUCAAGGGCACACACACGACACUCGACCAAAUCACACCUUCACGUAAAGAAGGCUGUGGUUUCAAAGGCACUACAUUCAUGCCUGAUGAACAUAAUGAACUCGUUCAAGCCUAUUAUGACUCCAUUGCUGAUCUAUUUCAUGAAUGGGGUAUUUCCUUUGUCAAACUAGAUGCUGUUGGACCUGGUGGUGGCAGUGAAUAUUAUCCUUAUACAAGCCCUGAUAAUCGUGCCUGUACUCAAAUGAUGUACCAUGCUUUUAAACGAUACGAUAUUUGGCUUGAAAUCUCCUGGCAGAUUGAUGUGAGCUAUGCAGACGAAUGGGCCCAUAUAUCCAAUGGUGCCCGUGUCUAUGUGGAUAUUGAAUCGUAUUCGACUCGAAGCAUGACUAGUUCGCACCGUGUCAUGCAGCGUAUUACUCCGUGUGAGAAAUGGGCAGAGACGUGUGUGGUAGGCAGUGACUAUGGAUUCUAUAUUGAUCUGGAUGCUGUCUUGGUAGGCAUGACAGUCAAUGGCAAAUGUGUAGAUGGACUGGAUAAUGACGAUAUACGUCAGACGUACAUCAGUUUCUGGGCCCUUGUGUCCUCUGUGUUCUGUACUGGAUCGGAUCCUCGGGCGAUUCCCGACAAGUAUUUAGCCUGGUAUAAUCAUCCUGAAAUCUUGGAGAUACAUCAGAGUGGUGUGAUGGCCAGACCGAUUGGUUCUGGUAAUGUGUGGCAGAAUAGAAAACAAGUCUGGUGGAAGAGACUCAAAGAUGGUCGUAUCUAUGUAUGCUUAAUCAAUGCUCAUACGUAUAUCUUUAUGCUUGGUCUAAGUCAUGAAGUCACACUUGAAUUGGCCCAUCUUGGCUUACAUCGUGCUAAAUUAAAAGAUGUCUGGACAGGUGAAAUGUUAGGUGUGUAUGACAACAAGUACAGUAUUGUGUUACGUGCUGGACAGAGCCAGACGUUACUUGUUAGUCCUGCUUAA